UCGAGGUUGCUCCAUUACCACUUCAGAUGUUAUGCCGCUCAGUGAUUCGAAACGAUCUUAGAAAGAAAAUCAAGGAGGAACACAUUUCCGUUAACAUUCCUUCUCACACCAAAGUUCCGGAGGAUGGGCAAAUAUUCAGCGGCAUUUUGAAUUUGUUUGUUCGUGAGUCGGAUAAUGAUCAGCAACCCGGAGCAGGCGAAAGGAAUAUGUUUAUCGGUGAUGACAUGCGACGUGGGCGACAAAUAACUAUGUACAACAGACGUUUAGGAACAGCAGAGCAUCCGAGUUCAGAAACAGAAAUAAGCAGAUCAAAUCCGAGUUUGCAUGAUGAAGGAUUUGGAACAAUUGAGAGGCUCAGUAUGGAGACUGAUGAACAAGACACUGAAUAUUAUAGCCAUAG